UUGGAUUAGUGAAGUGAAGUGAAGUGUGUGCUGGGGACACAGGAGUUUCUGGAGUGUCCAAAGCCACGCGCCUUCCAAAACGCACUCAAAAAGAUUUUUUUCGGCCAAACAAGAGCCACAUUUCCCACAUCUUUCCACUUUGUCCUUCUACGGAUGUUAGUUUUGGAGAGUUCGGCAAGAGGAGUCUCCGUUCCCGGACGAGAAACUCUGGAUCCCUGUGCACAUCUUCCUGGGCGUCAGGUUUGGGGAGGGAUAAACACACUGUUUACAGCGGAAAACUGACUUCGAGGAUACAGUACGCGCAUCUGGAGCGAAACCGUUAAGAUGCUGAACUAGUUAGAAAGUCGGCCAAUACGUGCCAAAAGUUAUUCUCUUCUAGAACAACUGGCUAACCAGUUAGCAAAGUUGCUAAGUUACCUUAUAUGCUUACUCCAGUGAAAGUGAAUGAAUUUAUUAGCCACCAAGCUAGCACUAGCUUUCAGCUAAUAAGUGAUUAUAUCUGUCCUAGAUACAUACCAUUUGUUGAUUACGACUGGGCCCGUCAUUAAACUCCUAAUCCGACUGGAUUUUAUGAUCACAGAGUUACAGGCAUCAACAGUCUCUUGUUUAUUUCUCUUGGGACUGUAAGACAACUGAACUGUUGCUUUCACACUGUGUCGUUUGUUAAAAAACUGGAUACAUAUUUGCAACAAAGUAACACAACCGCCACUUGGCGCAACAUUGAAACACCUCAGCUUGGAUAGCGGAUACAUCAGUGGCGCGUGGCUACAAACACCAGUGUUCCACACAUCUAAUCGCCCGCCGCUGCCUCGCGCCCUGGCGUGCGAGGGAUUCCCGCGGGCUUGCUGCAAGGGGGCACCUGUUGAUGUGGACCACUACACGGAGGCAGUUGGGGUGCAGUAGAGGGCCCAGAGAGUGCUGUUAACCUGUCCCAAGGAGCCAGCCACACACAAGUCAGGACGCGCCAUGAAGGUGACUGUAAACUUCGGGAGAACUGGCGUGGUGGUACCGUGUAGAGAGGGGUGGACGGUGCGGGACCUCAUCCAGCAAGCUACGCAGAGAUACAGAAAACUCCUGGAACAGGAGGGGGACUUCCUGGUCCGUACGCAUCAUGUGGAGUACUGCGAUGGCGGCAUCCUGGACCCCGACGACGUCCUCUCAGACCUGGUGGAGGACAGGGACAAGCUGAUUGCCGUGUAUGAGGAACAGGAGGCCCAGCAGAGGGGGGCGGUGAGUCCUGUGGGAGUGUCUCGUGGCAACGAGGGCCGGCCCAGCCCGGAACCCUAUGACUCGGAACUCUCCAUCUUCCAGCCAAUCGCAGGAGGGGAGAUAGAAGUCAACUCCUCUGCUCUCAAAUCCAACACCCCUCUCCUGGUGCGUAGCAGCAGUGAUUCGGCCCUGAGUCCUGCACUGGAGAGCGGCAGCCUGGAGGUCCACACAGAGGAACAGAAGGGAAGGCUGACCCCCGCGGGAAUGAGCCAUGCCCUGAUGGAAAAGCCCCCAACAGAUGCAACCAACUCCAGUGCAAGCCCUUUCACACAAAGCUUGACGAGGACGGUGGACAUUUCAGGAGAGCAGGGUCCGUUGGGGAUCCAUGUUGUGCCGUUCUGCUCCUCUCUCAGUGGCCGUGCUCUGGGUCUUCAUAUCCGAGGUGUGGAGGAGAACAGUCGCUCCAAGAGGGAGGGCUUCUUCUACGACGACGAGUGCAUCGUAUGCAUCAACGGCACCCAGCUCAUGGACAAAACCUUCGCACAGUCCCAGGAGGUCUUCCGUCAGGCCAUGCGCUCCUCCACCGUCCGCCUGGAGGUGGUUCCCGCCGGCAACCGCGACCGCUACGAGCGCAGCCUCAUCGGGCCCCUCUUCAACUCCCCGUCCCCCGAAACGCCCCUCUCCUCUACCCCUACCCCCACCCCCGAGGGACCACCGAGAGCCAAAGACCCCCCGCCACCCAUCAAGGUCAAGCCCACCAUCAGGCCUCCCGCUGGGGAGACCAGGGACGCUGGGGGUGGGGGUCCCGCUGGAGCUAGUGGAGGUCCCACUCUUGUUAGUAGUAGUAGUAGUGGUGAUGGUCUGGAGGUGCGGGGGUCUGCGGGCUCCCCUCUGCCCCCCAGCAGGGUGUCCCCGAGCCCCAUGCCGUGCAGCGGAGAGAGCCCCCUCCUCCACAAGGGGCUGGUGGUGUCUCCCCUGGCCGGCCUCACCAGCAAGAAGGGGGGCCGCAGGAUCCGCAUCGACCUCAAGAAAGGUCCUGAGGGUCUGGGCUUCACAGUGGUGACGCGUGACUCUGUGGUGCACGGCCCGGGCCCCAUCCUGGUGAAGAACAUCCUCCCGCGGGGGGCCGCCAUCAAGGACGGACGCCUGCAGUCAGGGGACCGCAUACUGGAGGUGAACGGUGUGGACAUCACAGGUCGUAGCCAGGAGGAGUUGGUGUGCAUGCUGCGCAGCACUAAGCAGGGGGAGAGUGUCAGCCUGCUGGUCAGCCGACAGGAGGAGAUGUUCCUGCCACGGGAGCUGAAAGAGGAGUGUAUCCGCUCUGCCCAGUGUGAGGACAGUAAGGAGCAGCUGUUGCUGGAGGUGCCCCUGAGUGACUCUGGCUCUGCGGGGCUGGGGGUCAGCCUGAAGGGAAACAAGUCAAGAGACACCGGCGAGGACCUGGGCAUCUUCAUCAAGUCCAUCAUACACGGAGGAGCUGCUUUCAAGGAUGGCCGUCUGCGUGUGAAUGACCAGCUGGUGGGGGUGAAUGGGGAGUCCCUGCUGGGCAAGUCCAACCACGAGGCCAUGGAGACGCUGCGGAGGUCCAUGUCCAACGAGGGCAACCUGAGAGGCAUGAUACAGCUAUUGGUGCUGCGCUCCGCUACUCAACAAGAGCAGGUGGAGGCGCGUCGGACCCUGAACCGCUCGUUUGAUAGCUGCACGGGACACAUGCAUGCAGUGGGGCAGGCCAACGGACCCACACAGGCAGCCUUGGCCCUCAAUAACAUGUACCAGAGGGGAGGGUUCCAUGCUCUAUCCAACGGGGGUUACGGUCUUCCUGAAGAUGGCCUCCAUGACCCUGAUGCUACUCUCCCUCUUGGCCGUCACCAUGGAGACCCCUCCCCCCUCUCCUCUCCGGGACGACCACCUAACUCCAGUGUCUCAGAGUGGAUGAAUGGAUCAGCGGAGAGGAAUGAAGCACAGGGGCAGGUGGAGAACCACCAUCAUCACGUCAAGCCCUCCAAGAGUAUGGACCUGGUGGCAGAUGAAAGCCAUGUUGGAGUUCUUCCUGGGCAGAAAUCAGUGUCUGCGUUGGUGCAGGAGUUGGGUCCCAUGCUGGGUUUGAAGAAGUCCAGCUCUCUGGAGUCCCUGCAGACGGCCGUCUCCGAGGCCACCCGCGUCGCCCAGCAGCAGCAGCAGCAGCAGCAGCUCCUCCCCUUCCACAGGCCACGCCCACACAUGGUGAGAGGGCGGGGCUGCAACGAGAGCUUCCGCGCCGCCAUCGACAAAUCGUACGACGGCCCUGCCGAGGAUGACGAUGACGACUUCUCGGAGCAGAGCUCGGGCUGUGACACCCCGGCCAGCAGCUCCUCUCGGCAGGGCCUGGGGGAGGCGGAGGAGGGCAAGAAGGAGAAGAAGAAGAAGAACAAGGCCAAGAAGAAGGACAAGAGCAAGGCCAAGACCAAGGAGAAGGAGAAGGAGAAGGAGAGGGAUAGAGAGAAGGAGAAGAAGAAGGAGGAGGGAGGAGGAGGAGGAGGAGGAGCAGAGGAGCCGGAUAAGAAGACCAAGAAGAAAGGCUUUGGCCUGCUGAGGUUUGGCAAGAAGAAGGAGGAGAAGAGGGAUGGGAAGACGACUCCCAUCAAGAACACAGCUGACAUCCUGAGUGAGGGAGAGCUGGAGAGGAUGAAGGAGGAGAGAGAGAGGAUCGAGGCCAAGCACCAGGAGCUGCGUGAUCGGCAGGCUCGAGACCGGUACCCCUCUCCCGACGUGGAGGACGAUGAUGCGGAUCCCAACUACGCCCGAAUAUACGCCUUUAGGGAGCCAGGAUCACCCCCGCUGGGCCCUCGCACUCACACGGACAGUGCCCCCAGACCCCCCCUGAGCCCCCCCAUGGUGCCAGGCCUGGGCCCCAGCCACAGCAGGGAGGCCUCAGGGGAGGACGCGCUGGACGGCCUCUACGCCAGGGUCAACAAGCAGAGAGGACCACCGGGACCCUCCCUAUCACCCCCCUCUACAUCUCCAGACAGCAGUAUGGACCGUAUCCAGCAGCUGAGGCGCGAGUACCACCAGGCCCAGAGGGAGGGGGCGGCCCCGGCCUACGACGACCUGGACCCCCGACGCAGGGGCCCCGAAUACGACCCCCAUCGCGUGAGUGACACCUGUCCAUCAAACAGCAAUAGAUACUUUGAAUAGUUUCCCCGGAGCCCCAUACUAUCCUUGCUAAUGCAGUAUGCAUGGGGUGACUGAACGCUGUGGCACUGCCUUCCAUGUGGCUUU